GUAAUUCAUUUAGGCGCAUUCCACCUCCAGCGCCUCUAGCCAUGGCCAGCGCCUCCAGCAAUAUAGGAACUAAAAAAAAAAAGCAAGACAACCAAGAUGAAAGGUCAGCCCUGAAAACGGUGACCAAUGAUAAGGGUAUACUAGAGAGAAGGACCAGUCCCAGGCUGAAAGCCAGGCUGGACAAAGAGCACAAAGAGGGGUCAUCCAACGACGGGCAGGAUAAAUUAACUACUACGGCUGAGUUUCGGGCGAGCUCAGUCGAAGAUUCAGUUAUCGCUCAAGUGGAAGCUAAAGCUUCCAGAGAACAGGAGAGGAAGAAUACUAUGGGCAAGGUCAAACCGACAGCCCAAGGACCAAAAAGUGCGAGGGAUAAAUCAAGAGACAAAAGUCGCUCUCGCUCACGUCCACACAAUCGGAGGCAGGGGUCCCCCGAACUGAUGGACACCUCGAAAGGAAACAUAAACUCGGGAAAUAAUAGUACCCUGUCCAUUCGGAAUAGAACGGAACAGGCUUUCCGAAUCAUUGAUGACGUUGAGAAAAACAUCAUGGGAGAGGAGUCAAAUACGACUAACACGAGGACGUUGUCCACCUCGUUGCAGAGUACGGAGCUCAACGAUGACACAAUCGUCAUUCCAUCAGACGAUGGGAGUGACGAAGGAAGUAGAAGAAACAAGACCCAAAUUGCACGGGCCAUGAGCCUGGAAAAGAAGAAGCAGAAGUGGGCUCAACAAGCUGAAAAUGAAGAGAAGGGAAAACUUAGAGAGAUGCUGGACCCCCGUGUGGCUCCAACUCUCUCUAAAAGUAGAAGAGAGAAGGAACGCAAGCUGAUGGAGCAGCUAAAAUACGCUCCCACGGAAAAACUACCCAAUGUAGUUUUAGAGCAGGUUCGUACGCUCGACAAGUACAUCAAUCGUGCAAAAAUACAGGGACCAAUCCAAGGUCACCUAAACACAGUGGCCGCUACCGUCACCGCAGCAGUUACCAGGCUGGUUGGUCGGAUGGGUAACGAACCGGGAACGGAGCAUAAUAGUGAACUGGAUGAGCUCAGGAACAGGCUCAGCGCGCUCGAGGAGAAGAAUCGACAACUACGCAAACGCAUUGAGGCGAAUCAUCGUCCCGCGGAUAAGGUGGCUGCAAUGGAAGUUAGUCCACAAACCAGCAGCCAUAACUCCCCUAUUAAUAGGAGUAAAAGUAGGGUUAACCGAUUCCCAGAAGAUUCUUCAUCGGACGAGGAAGAACGGAAAAUUCGGGAAAACGAGAAACGUAAAAACUCUGAGAUCAACAAACGGAAAAUCUUAGAGGAAAUUGCGAAGGAGGGAACCCCACCAGUGUAUAGAGCGGCUCUAAGAGGAGUCAGACCCGUUCUACUGGACCCUGGCAUCCCUCCGGGUGGCGCCGCCCCUCUAGGGAUCCCACAAUCGGAGUUAUCGUUGGAGGAACGGAUAUUACACCGACUAUCCAACAGGAUGGAAAUGUUAUUGGCACCUAUUAUGGGAAAGUUUAAUAGCCUUAACAAAGACAACAAGACCAAGGCAGCAGCAGAGAAGGCUAGCACCUCUGGUAAGAAGAGCAGCUCCAAUCCUCCGGCUAAACCGUCUAACAGCGGUAAUACUAAACGGAAGAAUAAGAAGAAGGCGACUGACAAUAAAAAAGGGAGAAACGGUGGUGAACCUACGGACAAAGGCACAUAUGCCGGGACGCAAAAAGCCAUUGAGCAGGCAGGUCCUAGUUCAUACGCCAUGGUAACCAAACGCGGGAAGAAACCGGAUAAACAAGCACCGGGCACGAUGCCGACUGGUGGGAACCAAAAAGGUGUAGUUACUGAUUGA